AUGAGUUUCAUCCACAUUCCAAUUUCUACUGCAGCUGCUUUCCAACCUCAACAACAAACUAUUCCAAGACAAGUUUCUUAUCCAAAUUUGAGAGAAACUUCAUCAUUCAAUGAUUAUCCAACUCAACAUUUUGCAAAUAAUGUAAAGAAAAUUCCACUUUUGAUUUCUCCACAAACAAGACAAGUUGAAAGAAAUGUUCCAUUCAAAAUUUAUGUUUUUGAAGGAAAAUUCAAUCACAAUUUGAAUAGUGCUUCAAAUGUUUUGAGAUUUGAAAUUGAUUCUAAUCAUGAGAGAAGUUUCGAAUUAUUUGAUAGAGUUUUGAGAGAACAUUCCAUUGAUAGGAGACAAUUUGAAUUACAUUAUGUUGAUGAUGAAGAUGAUUUGGUUUCAUUGACCAAUUUAAGAGAUUUCCAAUUCAUGUUGAAAUUAAUGAAAGGAAAAUUGACCAAGAUUAUUUGUGAAAAGAAAUCAAUCAAAUCACCACAACAACAAGCAUAUCCUCAACAAUAUCCUCAACAACAUAUUGCCUUCAAUAGAAUUUCACAAGCAUCACCAUCAGCAUGUUUAUUUGCUCAAUUCCAACAACCAAGAGUUGAAUCUCAAAAGAAACAAUCUCCUCAACAACAAGCAGAACAAUCUUGGGAAAAUAUGAUUGAAAAGGCAUUUAGAUCUGCCUUCUCAAAUGAAAAUCCAGCUCAACCAAAACAAUCAUUCUUUCCACAAGUUUCUGCUUCCACUCCUCAAACAAAACCAAAAGUGAGAAGAAUUGAAAUUAGUCUUGCUGAUCUUUUGGGAAUUCCAACAAGUAAUGAAGCUGCUCAACAACAACAACAACCAGAAAAGGAAGAAACAAAGAAAGAAAAGAAGGAAACUACACCUCAAUCAUUCAGAGAAUUAUUACUUCAAAGAAUGAAGGAAAUGAGAGAAGAAGAGCAAAAGAGUCAACAAUCACAAACUCAAGAAAAGAAACAAGAAGAGAAACCAAUUCAAACUUCUCCAUCUGCAAUUGUUGUUUCUCAACCAAAAGAAGAAGAACCAAUUCAAGAACUAAGAAAUUAUCAACCAAUUGAAUCAGUCGUUGAACAAAUUCAACAAGAAACAAUUGCUUCUCAAGAAGAAAAUGAAUCAGUCAAUCAACAACAAGCUCAACAAGUUUCCAAUCAAAAUCUUGAAAAUCAAGAUCCAAUUAUUGAAUCAAUUCCUGAUGAAGAAGAAGAACCAGUUGUGAAAACAACCAUUCCACACAAAUAUCAAAAAGAAUUGAAAUUAUUGAAUCAAAUGGGUUUCACCAAUCACAUUCUUAAUAUUACCUUAUUGAAUAGGUAUGAAGGUGAUAUUCAAAGAGCCAUCUCUGAUCUCAUUCAAUAA